UCCCUGACAUAGAAGAUGUCUACUUCUAAGAAGCAUCCUCCAUUGACCUGCCAAGAAUUAAGUAAGCAAUGCAACGAUGUUGAUUCCAGUUCUGUGCAGCUACGUAGUCGUUUGAAACGUCGAAGUCUUUGUAAGAACGCAUCUUAUGGAUCAUAUCAGCCAAGCAUGUACAGAAAGGUUUCAGUUGGAAGUGUUUCACAAAGUCUAGAUCAGCAUUCAGAAAGUGAGCCAACAGGGACGAGGUUUUAUCACAGUAGGCUCGAAGAACUCUCAAAAGAAUUGGAGACGCUAGAUGAUCAUUUCAUUGAUAAUGAUGACGACAGUGAUGAUGACCAGGAAGAGGAGUGGGACAACUGCCAAAGAGGAGGAGCCCACAUCUCAGCAUACAGGUGGCUACCAAACAGUGAGGAGAUCAAUGAUGACCAUCUCCAUGAGCCACAAGACUUCUUGGAUGAAAUUGGGUCAACUCUUCAUAGUCAGGUUGAUGAUGAGAUUGAAGUCUUCCGUUCUAGUCUCCACUCCAUGAUUAGUCAACAGCACCAUCGGUGCAGGGAGCUAUGGAAUCAAGAGCUGGAGGAAUCAAUCUCCAAAAUGAUCCCUUCACAUAUGGUUUCUGAUGAACAGUCCUCUGGUCAUAGUCCAUGCCAAACAGUGCCUCAUAACCCCGGCUCACAAGAGAUGUGGUCUUCAGGUAGGCCAUCUCCAUUAAACCAUCACAACAUGAUGAAUUGCCAUUUGGUCUACAACCAGUUCAUGUACUACCAGUUAGUCCAAUAA